CUGGUUUCCAAGGAUAAUAAAAACUACCCCUCCCUACGCUCUCACACUGCCUCCCUCCCGGCUACGUCCACCCGGCGCCUCCGCCCGUCUCCUCUGCUCGUGUUUAUUUAUACACACACGCGCACACCUUUCUCCCUAGCCACCACUACUCACUACUCAGAGGAAGGAAGAUCAAACGACGAAGCAAAGCAAAGCAAGCAUCGAGCGUCGGCGUCACGGGCAUGGGGGAGCAGGGCACCAGCGGCAGCGAGGGCGGCGGCAAGGUGGCGGAGGCGCAGGCGCCGGCCAAGAAGGGCGCCGCCGACCCGCGGCUCCAGGGCAUUUCCGACGCCAUCCGCGUCGUCCCGCACUUCCCCAAGCCAGGGAUCAUGUUCAACGACAUCACGGCGCUGCUGCUGCGGCCGGGCGUGUUCAAGGACGCCGUGGACUUGUUCGUGGAGCGCUACCGCGGCAUGGGCAUCGCGGCCGUCGCAGGCAUUGAAGCAAGAGGAUUCAUAUUUGGCCCCGCGAUCGCGUUGGCCAUCGGGGCCAAAUUCAUACCGCUGCGCAAACCCGGCAAACUCCCAGGUGCGGUGAUUUCCGAGAAUUAUACGCUCGAGUAUGGGACGGAUUGCUUGGAGAUGCAUGUUGGAGCCGUCGAGCCCGGCGACCGUGUGGUGGUCGUGGAUGAUCUGGUUGCAACGGGCGGGACACUUUCUGCAGCCAUAAAACUUCUUGAACACGCCGCAGCUGACGUUGUUGAGUGUGCAUGCCUCAUCGGACUCCCUAAGUUUAAGGAUUUCUACAAGCUCGAUGGAAAGCCAGUUUACAUACUGGUGGAGUCCAAAAAGUGAAAUGAUGAUGAUUGAUCAG